UUCUCGUUCUCUUCGCUUCUUCACUUCACUUUGCGAUGGAUUGGCAAGGGCAGAAGUUAGCAGAGCAGAUAAUGCUGUUGUUGUCGGCGGUGAUUGCAUUCGCCGCAGGGUAUGUGUUGGGAUCGUUUCAAAUGAUGAUGAUCGUAUAUGCGGGUGGCGUGACUCUCACCACAUUGAUCACUGUUCCAAAUUGGCCUUCAUUCAAUCGCCACCCAGUCAAAUGGUUGGAUCCCAUUGAAGCCGAGAAGCAUCCCAAGCUGCAGAUGGCUGUGAGUUCGAAAAAGAAAGGCUCCAAGAAGUAAGGUCGUUUAAUUUGAUCUUAGCACCAUUUGAGUUUGAUUAGGGGACUGAAGCGAUGUUUUCUUCUUUUAUGUGCUUUGAAGGAUACCAAUAAUCUACUUGAUUUCCCUGAAUUUUUUAAACUAUGAAACAAUUAAUGGAAGAGUGUUCUUCUUGAAGCAUACAAUAACAGGGUAUUAUAGAUGUUUUUUAUGGGGAC